UACCAUUUUCAUAAACUAUUUCAUAAUAUUUUUAUAAAUUUUAGCUAUUUUCAGAAAAUAAAUAUUUAAAUUUUAUCAUGGAAUUAUAACUUAAAGUUUUGAUGCAACGGAGGUCCUUUCUUUUAUUUCUAUCCCGCCAAAACAAACGGUCAAAUUAUCAUAGCCAUGCCAAUUUAACAGGAAAGCUUCGAAACUGCAACAGUUCCAGUUUUGCAACUUCAACGCACGCCUCUUUGUUAAAAUCCGGUCAUUUAAAUGAUAUUCUUACCACCAAUCAUCUCAUCAAUUCCUACAAAAGACUCCAAAAUACUUCGUAUGCCCACAAGCUGUUCGAUGAAAUGUCUGAACCAAACGUGGUAUCAUUUACUUCGCUCAUGGCUGCAUAUGUGGAUAUGGGUCAACCCAAAUUUGCAAUUUGGUUAUACAAUAGGAUGCCUGAGAGUUCUGUUUUGCCAAAUUAUUUCACUUUGGCAACAGUAACUAACGCGUGUUCGAUGCUUGCAGACCUCAAAACUGGAAAGAAAAUGCAUGCCCAUGUGGAGAUUUUUGGCUGUCAAGGAAAUCUUGUGGUCUGCUCUUCGUUGGUUGAUAUGUAUGGGAAAUGCAAUGAUGUCGAUGGAGCUAGGCGGGUCUUUGAUUUGAUGAGUUGCAGAAAUGUUGUUUCGUGGACUUCGAUGAUUGCGGCAUAUGCACAGAAUGCAAGAGGGCAUGAAGCACUAGAAGUUUUUAGAGAAUUUGGUUCUAAAUCCAUGCAAGGAAGAAGUAAUCAUUUCAUGUUGACUAGCGUGAUCAAUGCUUGUGCAAGCUUGGGGAAGCUUGUUUCAGGAAAAGUUGCUCAUGGAGCAGUUAUUCGUCGUAGGUAUGAGGUAAAUGAUGUUGUUUCAAGUGCACUUGUCGACAUGUAUGCUAAUGGUGGGUGUUUUAGUUAUUCGCAUAAGGUUUUUAUGCGAAUUCCGAAACCUUCUGUCAUCUCAUAUACAUCAAUUAUUAUGGGUGCUGCAAAGUAUGGACUUGGGAAAUUAUCACUCCAGCUCUUUGAAGAGAUGCUUGAUAGAAGAAUAAAACCAAAUAAUGUCACUUUUCUUGGGGUAUUGCAUGCAUGUAGCCACUCAGGAUUUGUGGAUCAAGGGCUAGAACACCUAAACUCUAUGCAUGAGAAACAUGGGAUAAUGCCUGAUGCAAAGCAUUACACUUGUAUUGUUGACAUGCUUAGUCGAUGUGGACGUCUGGACGAAGCUUACCAGUUAGCAAAAUCUAUUAGGGUAAACUUGAAUGAAGGUGCUCUAUUGUGGAGCACACUUCUUUCCGCGAGUAGGCUUAAAGGACGAGUUGAUAUAGCUGUUGAAGCUAGCACGUGGCUAAUUGAAUCUAAUCAACAAGUAGCUGGUGCAUAUGUCACAUUGUCAAAUGCUUAUGCAUCAGUCGGGAAGUGGGAAAAUUCUCGUUGUAUUCGGUCUGAAAUGAAGCGAACAGGUGCUUGCAAGGAACCUGGGUGCAGCUGGGUUGAGAUUAAGGAUUCAAGUUAUGUGUUCUAUGCUGGCAAUCUAUCAUGUGAAAUAGGACAUGAAGUUGUGAGUUUGCUCAAGGAGUUGGAGAGGAAAAUGAAGGAGACCUGUUAUGUUGGAGGAAGCAUGGCAUUAAUGAUUGUCGAUGUUGAAGAAGAAGCCAAGGAGAAAGUUAGUUUUCAUUGAAAGUUGGCAUUAGCUUAUGGUUUGCUUAUUAUUCCUUAAGCAAUCACCAUUGGAGUGAGAGAACUUGAGAAUGUGAUUAUUGGGAUUGUAGAAAGAUAUUUUGUUGUAAAGAUGUUAAUAGAUUUCAUCAUUUACAAAAUAGAUUUUUAAACGAGCCGAGCUUGAAAUUAGUGGUUAUGCUCACAAAAACCUCAUAUAUGAGCUCAAUUAAGAGUUUGCGAGUGAAUUUGUAUAUAUAUAUUCGAUUACAUGUUUACGAGUUAGCUCGUAUAUAAGCUUGAUUAAGGAUUCAAGUCAUAA